GAGUGGACGUGUGCGCCGUUUGGGAUUUUGUGAUUGCUUGUAAAUAUUAUUUUUGCCGAUAAAAGGAAGUCAGUUAAAAAAUCAUUAAGAAAUGUGCCAUUAGAAAAAUAAAAAAAUGGUAAACGCAAAUGUAUUUAUUUUCUAAAGUAAUACGAGUGUAUUAUAAAGUACAAAGUGCAGAGAAAGAAACUGUUGUUCUCUUAUACCGGACGCAUAACGGUUUUUGUACAUACAAACGGAUUAAGAAAAGAGACUAAAGGAAAGUGAUCAAAUCAAAACAAGUCUCAUAUGCAACAGUAAAUCUGCAAAUCAAAAGGCGGUGCUCGCUUUGAAAUGCUGGGUUAUUUCAUCUCUAAGUGUAACGUCGUUUGAUUCGUCGCUGAGAUCUCACAAUUGUAAUUUGCAUUAUAAGAUUUUUCUGUUAUGUUAAAUAUUAAAAAAAUUGUAAGGAAUUGCAAGUUAAGAAAGUUGAAAUGGAUGACGAUAAUAACGACGCUCCACGUGUAACACGCGCACGUACACGCCGGCUGUCCGUCCUGGAUACAGAUACUCGCCCUUUGACGCCCAUACUAGAUGUGACCGCCGACCGCGCAUCUCCGCGUCCAAUGCGCAGAACUCGCUUAAACUCGGCAACAAUCGAUUUGAGGACUCCGACACGGGCCACCCGCUUGUCGGUGGCCCGUGGAGAGACUCCAGAGCCUGCCACCCCUACUCUGACCUUGUCCUCUGUCAAACGGGGCACCCGCACCCCGGCUAAAUCUGUGCGUAAACAGUUGCCGUUACCAGAAGUCGUAAACGAAGAAGACUCCAACACAAAGGUGCAAGUGCAGACAAAGGCUGAGCGUGACAAUGACAAAAUGAACGUCGUUGCCGAAGAGUCUGAAGCUGCCGUUGUUGACAACAGACCUUUGCAGACACAGUUUGGUACGCCACCAGAUGAGAGGCGUGUGACGCGUUCAAUGUCGAAAACACCUCCAGUAAUUGGACGCACUGUAAACAAUACGCCUCAUCAGGAAUUUGAUAUGAAAAAUUCACCUGAAGAAAAACAAAAUCAAACAAAACAGUCGAUUGAAAUAGCCACUGAAAUUGUAGAUUCGCCAGUUGAAGCACAACAGUCGAUGCACUCUGAUGAAGGCGUUACUAAGGAGUCGGUUACUACCACUAAAGUGGGGGAUAGGUCCACAGUUAUGGCAACUCCCAAAGUUAAGGUCAAGGUCAAAGACAUUCUAAUUGGAAACCAAGAGGAUAUGUCAAAAGUUGACAAUGAGAUAAAUGUGUCCAAUGUGGGUGUAGUCAAGAAUAACGACGCGGACGGUAUAAUAGCGAAACCUAUCGAAGACAAACAGGAGAUAAAGAAGUCUGCUGACAUCACUGAUAAACCCUUUACAACUGACGGGGAUAUAUCCAUGAACCAGCUUGAUGUGCCGCCUGAGAGUGAUGAUACAGGUACUCAUGCUCAUGUUACCGAAGAUGUCCGUUUGCCGGAUCUAACACCUAAUAUAAAGACUCGUUUGGUAGAACAAAAACAGUCAGAGCCCAUGAAAAGUGUGGGCUUCAAUAGCAAUAGUCAAGUUGAUGAGCCUAACAAGCAGAAGUAUCCAAAGACCCCAGCACGCGUAAGUACGCCUGCGGGAGAUAUUUAUAGCCUCGCGGAUCGUAAGGCUAAAGGCGAGGUUAGGGAUAAGGGCGAGACGCCCUUAAAGCCCUUAAUCUUAAAGGGACGCAGCAGCUCAACUCCUCUAGCAAAGCUGGAGCCGUUAUUGAGCCAAGCUAAUGCGUCCAGUGAGCCAAAUCCGCCUCCCCCACAAAUUGAUAUGAUAAAACCUCUCUCAGCGUUGGAAGACAAGGAAAUGAAUGUCAAGACAGCUAAAGAGAAACCCACACGACGUCUUGUCAGCGAAGACGAGGAUGAAGAGGAAGAUGAAUACGAAGAUCGAUCUGUGUGCGAGUUUUUUGCCAACGAGGUAGAAGUUGUUAAUAAUUAUCAAUCCGGCGACUCAAUGGACAGUUCCGUCCGCCAUGAGAUCGAAGAAAAUGAAAUACCCCACGAUGGUGAAUCAGUGGGCAGUCAGGACACAAUUGAUGAUCACUCUGAUGAUAGUGCCGAUGAAAAAAUGUCGUUUAUAGUCUCCGAUAACGAAGAUGAUGACAAUAAUAUUGAAUCAUUGUGCUUCUCGUCGGGCUCUGAAGAAGAAGCUGACUUUGAACCAAAAAAACGGCGUCGUAUUAUUGUUCAUGACAGCAGUGGUGAUGAGGAUCCUGAGGAAAAUAAAGAAAUUAAGAAAAAUUAUGCUUCGGAAGAAGAAAACCCGACUGAAAAAUCGGUACAAAUGGAUAAAAAUGAGAGAUAUAUGAAUAGAGAAGCAGGUCAGCUGGCAGUCGAACAAACCGACAAGCUAUCGACAUGCGAGAUAUCACCAGAAUUAAAGCCAAAUAACUCCGAUCCCCUUAACAAAACGGCGCCGGAACUUGGCAUGAACCUGGACGAAGAGUUCCAAAAAGAUGCGGUUCUAGCGGUAGAAGAGGUUGUUUCCAGUUGCAAUGAGAGCGAGGAGCAAGAGGCCAAACAAAAUACGAGCAAGAGCAUCUAUGAAGUGCUCGAUUCUGGUGAGGAAUCAAGUGAAAACGAAGAGUAUGCUUGUGAUAAGCCGACACCUGACGAUCAUGAAACCACUACAGAGGAUGAAAAAUCUAAUUCAAACGAAAAUCUCGCGAAUUUUGAUGAGUCGCCUAUUGUUAAAGAAGAAAAUCCAAUUUCUGGUGAAGAGAAACAAGAGGUGGUUGUCAAGUCAGUGGCACCUACCAGCGAAUCGUCGACAUUCCACGCAAAACAAAAGCGUGAGGAAGAGGCUGCGCUUCCGGAUGAGCUCUCCUCCUGCUUAUCGCACUUGCGGCAAAUGUUCAAUCCCCUCCAGAAGUCGCGUCGGCAAACGCUGUACGUACAGGAUCCCCAUAAAGCCGUUAAGGAGCCGAAACCAAAAUUGAAACGUCGCAGUGAACAGUUGAACAGCGAUGUCAAUCCAUCGCAAUCGUUCAUAGAAACUCUGGCCGAAGAAAAGAUCCAACGGAUGAAGCGCAAGCGUAUGUCAAAGAGUUUUUGCGGAGCUGUCGAUGGCUUGGACACCAGUGUACUAACGGAAAUGCAAAAUAAAAAGGCCAAAAACUGUGAGUCAGCAGCUAGCGAUAACGAAAUGGAUGUGGUUGUCGAAGCUGUUAAGGAGGAACUGCCUACUCCCGCUCCCAUGUCGGAAGCGAAAGCCAAUGAUGAACUGUCCGUAGAGAAAGUCGUCCAGCCAAAGAGUCGCAAUGAUUAUAUAGAAUAUUGCGAUACCCUGAUCCGGGCGGCAAAUGAAGCGAAGCUGGAGGAGAAGAAACAACGUAUUGCAGCGGGCAAGAAGCAAAAGAGUCGCCUGUACGAUGCUACUCUGCCUACUUGCGUCGCCGAUUCCGCCAAUGCAGCUUCAGUUGUCGCAGCCGCAACUAAAUCGGUGUCGGAUAAGCCGACCAAGAUUAAAAAAAAUGUGAAGCGUCUGCAAGCCACCAAGCAAGCUAUCAAGCGUGCCAUGCAAUUGCUUGCGCCUGAUGCAGCAAAUAAAGAGCCCCAAUCGCUAGCCCGGAAACUGUCUCCUCAACCGGAUAUCAAUGCCAAGUCCGUAAAGUCUAAGCACCAGACGAAGACGAAUAAAAAGAAGCCUACAGCUAUACAAGUGUCCCCAGUAAAGAGCUCUGACGAAGAAAAUCACCAUAUCCCCAAACGUAUUAAAACGAGUGCCGGCUAUGUAACGGUCAUGUCCAAGAAAGAGCGAAAACGAAUUGAAACUUUUAAAACAUCAUCCAGCAUCGUGGAAGUCGAGCCCUGCACUCCCACCCAAAAGUAUUUUAAAGAGGUUCUAGCAUCACCCAAACCCCGUCACGGGUUUAAAGAGAUGCCUGCCACCCCGAAAACGUCUAAAAAGAAGUCAACGUCUGUACGUAACCCAGCUACGGAGGCGGCUUUGCGCUUUAAAAGGGAAAUAUUUGGUAGAAGUUAUAAAUAAGAAAAUUAAUAUUAGCAAUUAGUUAGCCGUUGGUUGUAAACGCAGUUAUGUUCUUUUUUUAAGUUUAAAAAUGUUCUAAAUUUGAAUUAUUUUUGCAUUGGAAAUUUUGUUACAGUUAAUGCUGAGGAAAUCGAAAAGAAAUGAUAUAUUUUUAUACAGUAAAAGAUCGGAUCGAAGCUUA